AUGGCCAGCAAUCAAAACAGCAACAACAGGCAUGAAGCACACAGGCCCAAGCACAACACAGCAGGACAAAAAUCAGCACAACACACCAACAACAAGCAUCAAGCCGACAGGGCCCAACUCAUAAAGCAAAACAAAAACAGUGAUCCUUCACAAGUUAGGAAGUCGAUCCAUAGCAAGCCAUUUGCAGAAGAGCAACAGGCCCAAGCACAACACAGCAGCAACAAGCUUCGAGCAGACAGACCCAAGCACAUAAAUCAAAACCAAAAACACAAAAUAGAGAUCCUUCUCAAGUUAGGAAUUCUGAGAGAU